AGAUAAAAAAUCACAAAAUUUGUAUUUAUAUUUUGAUAACACAAACAUGUUUUACCGUUUAAAAUAAGUAGUGCCUGAGAUGAUUGGGACAGGCAGUGCGGAGAAUGCUGCGGCCGAAGCACUAGCCACCGCUCCAGUCGAGCAGGUACAGGAGCUGGAAACGGACCUAGAGGCCAACAUGAAAAUAACUGUAGAAGACGAAGACGUAGCCAGGUCAGAAGCCACAUUUCGCUACACCAUAACCAACAUCAGUCAGCUCAAAGAACAAGUACUGUCCCCGCCAUGCUUCGUGCGGUGUCUGCCAUGGAAGAUCCUGGCUAUGGUGCGUCUCACCACGACCCCGGAUCGACAGCAACAGAAGGCACUGGGAGUGUUUCUUCAGUGUAACGGAGAGAGUGACUCGCCAGGCUGGUCGUGUUAUGGUCUCGGAGAACUGAAGCUGCUUACUUACAAGCCUGAUAAGGAACACUUAUGUAGAAAGCUGCAUCACAUGUAUCACUGCAAAGAAGAUGACUGGGGCUUUGGACACUUCGUUUCAUGGAAAGAAUUAAUGAAUCCGGACAACGGCUUCGUAAAAGACGACUCCAUCACAAUAGAAGCUCACGUGAUCGCGGAAGCCCCUCACGGCGUGUCAUGGGAUUCCAAAAAACAUACCGGCUACAUUGGUAAGAAACUACACGCCGGAUAUGUAGGAUUGAAAAACCAAGGCGCGACCUGUUACAUGAAUUCAUUAUUACAAACCCUUUUCUUCACGAACGUCCUUCGCAAGGCCGUGUACAAGAUCCCGACGACGGGAGAUGACAGUUCCUGUUCCGUGGCAUUCGCUCUCCAACGGGUGUUCUACGACCUGCAGUUCUCUGAUAAACCUGUUGCGACUAAAAAACUAACCAAGAGUUUCGGUUGGGAAACGCUGGAUUCAUUUAUGCAACAUGAUGUCCAAGAAUUUCUUCGGGUAUUACUAGAUAAGUUAGAAAAUAAGAUGAAAACGACAGUAGUUGAGGGAACCGUACCGAAAUUAUUUGAAGGGAAAAUGACGUCUUUUAUCAAAUGCAAAAACGUCAACUGCACGAGCACGCGCGUCGAAAGUUUCUACGACAUUCAACUUUGUGUUAAGGGGAAGAGCAACAUCUACGAGUCGUUCAAAGACUACAUCAGCACGGAACUGCUGGAUGGCGACAAUAAAUACGACGCGGGUGAGCACGGGCUGCAGGAGGCGGAGAAGGGCGUGCGUUUCGACGUGUUCCCGCCCGUGCUGCACCUGCACCUCAUGCGGUUCCAGUACGACCCGCUCACGGACGCUUCUGUCAAGUUUAAUGAUAGGUUCGAUUUCUACGAGGAGAUCAACUUGGACCCGUACCUGCAAGAGACUCCGCCGUCACCGGCGCACUACACGCUGCACGCCGUGCUCGUGCACUCUGGAGACAACCACGGCGGGCACUACGUCGUCUUCAUCAACCCUAAGGGAGACGGCAAGUGGUGCAAGUUCGACGAUGACGUGGUCUCUCGUUGUACCAAGCGGGAGGCCAUCGAGUACAACUUUGGAGGCAAAGAGGACGCACCGCAUCUAGCGCGCCGCGCCACCAGUGCAUACAUGCUCAUCUACAUACAGACGUCCCAGCUGAAAUACGUGCUUCAGGACGUCUCCGAGUCCGACAUUCCGGCCGACCUGUGCGAGCGAAUCAACGACGAGAUGCGAUACGAGAUGGUAAGAACAUGCGGCAGAAAAGUAAAAUGCAGGAAAGUCAAAUCUGACACAUCAGUCAGUUCAGCAAAGUACUACGCGAGGAUUUUCAACGCACUAAAACAGUUCUUCACUUUGCAGGCCCUAGCUGGCUCAAAGUAUAAAGGCAGAUAGUGAAGUCGUCAAGUUUUUUAAAUGUAGCGAACCUAUAUUUUAUAAAAGUUUACAAUACUUGGAAUGUUUGCUGAAACUGUGCAGUCUACUGAACUUGUAAAAUUUGAAUGUAGGUUAUUAUAAAUGUACGUAUUAUUUACCGUGUCUGUUGUUACUAUUUUUGUAUUGUUGGUAAUAAAAUUUGUUGCACCAUUA